GUCAGUGAUUUAUUUUACGAAGUUUUGCCUAUCUUACUGUCUGUCUACUGUCAGUCUAUCAGUCUUGUUUACUGUCUGUCUACUGUCUUGUCUGUCUUUUGUGAUUAACGAGAUUGCCUAUAAUAUUCGUCUUGAUAAAUCUAAAAAGAGUCUAGGGAGAUACUUUUAACUGCCUCUGUAUACUUGUUUAACGUUGUUGGGUCCUCCUCCUCCCUACAGGACCCCAAGCUGAACAAGUCUGGUUCCACUGACCUCAUGGAGCAGAAGAGCUUCACCAUCGUUCAUGGACCCAACUUCGUCGACGUCUCCUACUGUAACUUCAUCGCCCAGAAGCCUGAGAUUGCUAAGUUGUGGGCAGACGAGAUCCUGAAGAUGGCCUACAACCUCAUCGCCAUUAACGCCUCGCCCAUGACCUUCCUACACAAGGCUUACAAGAAGCUGUGUCUCAGUGCUGAUCGCGCCAACAAGGUCUCCGUUAAGAACAUCGUAAAACUGUUUGCUCGUCACGGCGAUGACAAGAAGCGAGUGGAGGUGGCUCUGGAGGCUGCCGGACUACCAUCAGGCAAGGUACGUACUCUUAACCUCCUUUACGUGCUUUUAACCUCUUGAAACCUCACUUGCUAUCCCUGAUACCAAGCACUGCCUCUCAGGCGCACCAUCCUCCUCCCUGCUUAUGC